AAAACGCAUUUUAUAAUAAGUGGUGUAAAAUAUCAUAAUAACAGCAUAAAAAAAAACAGUGAUUAUUACUCAACACACAUGGUAGCGUGACAAAAUUCCACUAUGAACUCUGGUUGCAUAUCGAACUGCAUCAACGAUGCACGUGACCCACGUGUUCCGGUGAGAGGUAGCUACGUGAACCUCUACAAGUGGCCGGAAUCAGACGCUGCUUUUGUGAGGUCAGUGAGUUCCGGCAGAGAGCACCCGGGGGUGGUGGAUAGCAUCUCUUGCAGACAAUUGUAUCUGAGAAGCUACACAUUUUGCAGAGAAGAUGAGAAGAAGAAGAAAGUGAAGGUGAAAGCGAAGAAACGUGUGGUUGUUAAGAAGAAAAAUUUGGGUUGGAAGAAAGAUAAAAAGAGUUCUUGUUCUGUUUUGUUUGGUAUUUUUCGAAGGCUCUUGUCUUGUUGUGCUAGUGUUGAUGUUGUGGAUGAAAAUUAUCAGUUUUAAUUAAGGUUUGUUCGUGUUGUUUUGUUUUCUAUUUAGCAUCAAGAGAAAUGAUUUAUGGUGUUAUAAGUUUAAUAAAUAAAAAUUAAGGUUUUAUUUAAGAUA